GAUAAUUAGCUAACAAUACCAUGCCAAACUAUCCCUAACUAAGCUGUAUCUUUUGUUGUCUUAGUAUUUAACAUUUCACUUAGCCGCUGUAACAGUAACAUCUUAAUUGAAAAACAGAUUGAAAUAAAGAUGAGUUUCAGUAUCGCUGUACCCACGCGGAUUGUUAUUAUUACAAUGAGUUUUAAAAAAAUUCUUUUAAGUGCUGUGUUUUUUCUUAAAUUGCAAAUGUUAAACGCCGAUGAUUCUUUCACAUUUCUUAAUCCAAUACGAUUUCCGUAUGGUCCAAUUCAAGGACCUUUUAUGGGGAUAUUUUUAGCCCUUUCUCUCCCUUUAGAAAUCCCAGAUUACAACGUAUUUUUCUCUUAUAAUUUAGAAGCCAAUUAUGAAUUACCCCAAAACGAGACAGAAUUCACCUAUCCCCCCUUGGUUUCAAAAAGAUCAUGGGGUCGAAAAUAUUUCUACGAUAUUUUGGAAUACAAAAUGAAAUCACAUGGUUAUCCAGGGAAAAAUUGUUUGUUACGAGCCAUUUGCGAAACGUCACUUUACAGUUCGGAAAAUACCGGUAUUUUAGGCGAUAUACUGCAUUUAUUGUUGACUCCAUCAAGUUCAAAAGAUGAUGUUCUCGAGGACUAUCGAAACGCUGAACAAUACGGAAAACGUCGAAAAAAUUGUAGGAAAUACACAAAAAAGUGCACAAUUAGUUUUUUAGAUUUAGUUAGUCAGAUCGGACAUUACAUUGUAAAUAAUUAG